UUUUAAUAGGGAUCCAACGCAUCCAAACCAUUGAACUGCUCUACUAAAGCGCAUUCGCCGUUCUCCAUUGAAGCGCAGUUGCCGUUCUCCGUUGAAUCUAGUUCUUGUAUCCCCCAUUGAAGCAGCUUCUGAGGAUUCAACUAUGAAAUCAGAGCUCUUUUCCUCAGGGACGGGCCUGUAGGUACCCAUUUUUAGCAGCCCCGAGUGUAUCUGUUGAGGGCCAAAUUGUUGAGUUGACAUGUAUACUUAAGGAAACCAUGUUCUUUAACUCGAUUCAGAGGUUUUACAAAUAUGGUCGGUCUAAAUGCUUAACUUGGUGUUUCCAUCAACUUUGUUCUUCAAGACUUGUGUCACCUCAUGAAGUAAUUAAUGCCAGAAUUGGUUGUUCUAAUUUCAGCCCAGCCUUUACCAUCUAUUCACAUUAUUCUCAAAUAAAUCGUACCAGCUUAUUGUGGUAUUCUUCAAAGCCACAUAGACCUUUUUCAGGAGCUUAUAGACAACGGGUUAAUAGAAGGCUUAGACCAGCUAGAAAGCCUGUGCUUAACGAGGUUAAGUUCAAUAAGGCUGUAUCCCAACUGCCUGCAAGGUUUAAUGCUGAUGAUUUGCACGGUGCCAUUGCCUUGGAAGAUGAUCCUUUGGUGUGUUUAGAACUUUUUAAUUGGGCGUCAAAACAACAUAGGUUUAAGCAUAGCGUGAAUACCUACCACAUUACCGUCCAGAAGCUUGGGGUUGGCGGGAUGAUUGAGGAAAUGUAUGAUGUUGUCGAUCAGUUCCUUGCCCUUCCUCAUUUUGGCUCAGAGGCUUUGUACAAUACUAUUAUUUACUAUUACACUCAAGCCAGGAAGCUGAGCAGAGCUAUUACUGUGUUCAAACAUAUGAAGAAGGCCAAAGAUUCAGAUUGCAGGCCAUCUAUGAGGACUUACAACCUUUUGUUUGCUGCAUUUCUUAGCCGUAGAAGAGAUACAUACAUCAAUCACUGGUAUAUGGGUACUAUGGAGUGUCUUUUCAAGCAAAUGAUCAAUGAUAAAAUUGAGCCUGACAUUUUCGCCCUCAAUUCAAUGAUACAAGGAUAUGUGCUUUCUAAUCAUGUCAAUGAGGCCUUAAGGAUAUUUCAUCAGAUGGGUGUUGUUUAUACUUGUGUCCCCAAUGCACUCACUUAUGAUUACCUUAUCUAUGGACUAUGUGCUCAAACCAGGACAAAAAAUGCCAGGGAGUUAUUUUUUCAGAUGAAGGAAAAAGGGUUUGUUGCUAGCGCUAAAACAUACAACUCUCUUGUGAGUUCUUUGGCACUUGGUGGUGAGAUUGAGGAAGCUCUGAGUUAUUUGUGGGAGAUGACUGAAAAGCACAAGGUUGAUCUAAUUACUUAUAAGACUCUUCUGGAUGAGUAUUGCCGAAAAGGAAGAGCUGAAGAGGCAUUUAGGUUAUUGAAAGAGUUUCAGGAGAAACACAUUGUUGAUGGACCUACCUACAAAAAGCUACUAUGUGUUCUUAAAGAGGACUUUGCACAUAGCAGGAAUGGAUUCCAAUAGUGUGAAGAAUAGUUUUUAACAUCAAUUAGACAAGUCGUCUAGAGGUCUGCUGGGCUUAUUGUUGGGGUUCAUACUGUGCUAGAACUUGUAUAUUCCUGGGGUUUGAAUUGAAGCUUCAGUAGGAGUAGGUGUUGCACUAGCAAACCACUCUUUUAAGCUUCUUUAUUGUGCGCAGUUGGUUGUUUUACCUUUACUUUCUACAGUGAACUCCUAACUACUAUGCCCUUUAUUUGGUCAGUUUCUUGAACGUUAGUACUCUGAAAAUGGUUAUCUGCUGCUUCUGCAGAGAUUCCAUGUCCUCUAUCAUAUCACUGAGAUAUGACUUACAGCGUGUAAUUUGACAGAUUAUAUGCUGUUUCAGCUUGGUCUGACAAACAGGGAGUUGGCUUAGCCCUUCAUGUGGUUUUCAAUAUAUUUGCAUAUGAGCUGCUUGCUAUCUGGCAACAGCCAUGACAAGAACAUAUUCCGAGAAUCGGCCAAUUUGCUUACUUUGCUGAUAUAUAGUUAAGUAGACCUUCCACUAGCCUUUUUGAAGAGCAUCGGAAAGUUUUUCUAAGAAGCAUCUAAAGACUUAAAGAGGGAUCAGCUAUUCAGCAUGUGUAAAGAGAGCCCAAAGUGACAUCAAUGUAAUACUUUGUAUUUUUGAAAUAUACUGUUAAAAAAUGCGAUUCAUUGUAUUUUUAAAGGUAGCUAUUAGCUAAUAAUGUUUUGGUUUGGGAUGAUUUGAAUUCUUAACGAUUACUUGUGAGGUUUUGGAUUAAAAGGUUGUGCACUCUCUGAACUUUAUUAAACAAAAAAUUAAUUGC